AAGUCAAGUGAACAGUUAGCUUGUGUUUUUCAGCUUGUGGAUGACAUUCUGGACUUCACUUCCAGUGCAAACCUCCUGGGGAAGCCGUCGGCUGCCGAUCUCAAACUGGGUUUGGCCACCGGUCCCGUUCUGUUCGCUUGUCAACAGUUUCCUGAGCUGCAUGCAAUGAUAAUGAGACGCUUCAGCUCUGAUGGAGAUGUGGAUCGAGCCUGGCAAUAUGUCCUGAAGAGUGACGGUGUGAAACAGACUAACUACCUCGCCCAACACUACUGCCAAGAGGCCAUUCGUCAGAUCAUCCGGCUGCAGCCGUCAACCGAGCGAGACGCGCUCAUCCAGCUGACCGAGCUGGUGCUGCGGAGGGACAAGUGAGCCUGGACGCAGAGCUCCACACUCAGGCAGCUACACCUCUGCGGGGCCCUGCUGUGAGACGAGAGACAGACUUCAGGGCUUCAGAGAUCAAAGAAUCACAUUUACAUUGUUGUCACUGUAUGCUUGACCGUACUGUAAUCACAGAGCCGUAAUCUCCGUUAACCUCUGCGUGAGGUGUUUUACUGAUACGGCAGGAAAAACUGUGAAAUCAUUGUAAUUCCAGGUGUAGCACAGAUGCUCACUUAAACAUCCGUCCACUCUAUGAAAGGCCAAACGUCUUUGACGUCGAAGAUGCUCUUGUUAAUGUACUUUUGCAUCAAGUGCUUAACAACCAAGGCCUUAAACCUCACUGACUAUUUACUACAAUUAAAUAAGGUAUUUUUUAAGUAAACUUCCUGUUUGACUCUUAUUUUCCCCAUCUUAAAAAGGAAAAAUAUAAUGGCUCGUAAUAUUUAGUCUGCCCUUAGUUUUAUACAUAAUUUGUAAUAAUCAGAUUAUUGUGU